CACCGCUGCGCCUCAAAUACCGGAAGUGGCGGCCGUGUUGUUGUCAUGUGAUAUCUGCCGCCGACGGUGGCUACUUUUUUUGCCCUCAACCAGCCAACUUUUAUGUUUGUCGGCGCGGAAGAAGACGGCUGCUUUUCCGUGUGAAAAGAGGGAAGCCGGAGUGUCGCGGAGGCCGCCAUGGGGUGCUGUUACAGCGGCGAGGACGAGGCGGCAGAGCAGGAUCCUGAACGCAAGCCGCUGAUCACGCACCCAAACCCCGUCAGCAAACCCCCUAAUGGCACAGACUGGAUCAGUCCCACCGUGCCCUCGGCCAGGACGGACGAACAGGCCCUGCUCACGUCCAUCCUCACCAAGACGGCACAGAACAUCAUCGACGUGUCGGCGGCUGACUCCGUCAUGAUGGAGCAACAUGAAUACAUGGACAAAGCUCGACAAUACAGUACAAAACUUGUUGCAUUUAGCAGCAGCAGUCUUCAAAAGAAAGCCCUGGUUCUCCCCUCCUUCACCAGCCAGCCCCACCAAGUGCUGGCCAGUGACCUGGUGCCAUACUCGGAUGUGCAACAGGUGUCCAAGAUAGCAGCGUACGCUUACAGUGCAAUCUCUCAAAUCAAAGUGGACGCUAAAGAAGAACUGGUGGUCCAGUUUGCUAUUCCUUGAUUGUUGUUCUUCCUCCCCUGGUGUGUCUUUCUCUGUCAUCUUGUGCUUGGAGGGCCACAAUCAUUCAGGUUCUUCUUCCAUAUGUAACACCCAACCAUCCAAUACCACACCCGCUUCUCCAGCCCAUUGCUUCUCCAUUCAACGCGAUUCCAACAAUGUAGGGGUGUGACUCUGGGGUUACGGUUCGAUUCAGGAUCGGUUCUUGAUUCAACACGAUUCUCGAUUUAAACCAUUCUGGCAAUAUAGGUUGUGAAUCUUUGGCCACCUUAUGAUUCGAUCGGAUUCCUGGAGUGACAAUUCCAUUCAAAACAAGUCUCGAUUCAAACCGAUUCUUGCAAUGUAGGGGGGUGAAUCUUUAAGCACCUAACGAUUUGAUUCCAAUUCCUGGGGUGACAAUUCGAUUCAGGAUCGAUUCUUGAAUCAAACCAAUUCCCACAAUGUAGGGGUGUGACUCUUUGGGAAUCGGAAUUAAAUCGUUAAGUGCCCAAAGAGUCACACCCCUACAUUGUGGGAAUCGGUUUGAUUAGAGAAUCGAUCCUGAAUCAAAUCGUUACUCUGGGAAUCGGAAUUAAAUCGUUAAGUGCCCAGAGUGACGAUUUGAUUCAGGAUUGAUUCUCCAAUCAAACCAAUUCUUGCAAUGUAAGGUUGUGAAUCUUUGAGCACCUAAUGAUUCGAUCGAAUUCCUGGAAUGACAAUGCGAUUCAAAAUCGAUUCUCGAUUCAAAACAAGUCUCGAUUCAAACCGAUUCUUGGUGUGUUAAUCUUUGGGCACUUAACGAUUUAAUUCCGAUUCCCAGAGAGACGAUUUGAUUCAGGAUCGAUUCUCCAGUCAAACCGAUUCUUGCAAUGUAAGGUUGUGAAUCUUUGAGCGCCUAAUGAUUCGAUCGAAUUCCUGGAAUGACAAUUCGAUUCAAAACAAGUCUCGAUUCAAACCAAUUCUUGGGGUGACAAUUCAAUUCAAAACAAGUCUCGAUUCAAACCGAUUCUUGCAAUGUAGGGGGGUGAAUCUUUAAGCACCUAACGAUUUCAUUCCAAUUCCUGGGGUGACAAUUCGAUUCAGGAUCGAUUCUUGAAUCAAACCAAUUCCCACAAUGUAGGGGUGUGACUCUUUGGGAAUCGGAAUUAAAUCGUUAAGUGCCCAAAGAGUCACACCCCUACAUUGUGGGAAUCGGUUUGAUUAGAGAAUCGAUCCUGAAUCAAAUCGUCACUCUGGGAAUCGGAAUUAAAUCGUUAAGUGCCCAGAGUGACGAUUUGAUUCAGGAUCGAUUCUCCAAUCAAACCAAUUCUUGCAAUGUAAGGUUGUGAAUCUUUGAGCACCUAAUGAUUCGAUCGAAUUCCUGGAAUGACAAUGCGAUUCAAAAUCGAUUCUCGAUUCAAAACAAGUCUCGAUUCAAACCGAUUCUUGGUGUGUUAAUCUUUGGGCACUUAACGAUUUAAUUCCGAUUCCCAGAGAGACGAUUUGAUUCAGGAUCGAUUCUCCAGUCAAACCGAUUCUUGCAAUGUAAGGUUGUGAAUCUUUGAGCGCCUAAUGAUUCGAUCGAAUUCCUGGAAUGACAAUUCGAUUCAAAACAAGUCUCGAUUCAAACCAAUUCUUGGGGUGACAAUUCAAUUCAAAACAAGUCUCGAUUCAAACCGAUUCUUGCAAUGUAGGGGGGUGAAUCUUUAAGCACCUAACGAUUUCAUUCCAAUUCCUGGGGUGACAAUUCGAUUCAGGAUCGAUUCUUGAAUCAAACCAAUUCCCACAAUGUAGGGGUGUGACUCUUUGGGAAUCGGAAUUAAAUCGUUAAGUGCCCAAAGAGUCACACCCCUACAUUGUGGGAAUCGGUUUGAUUAGAGAAUCGAUCCUGAAUCAAAUCGUCACUCUGGGAAUCGGAAUUAAGUCGUUAAGUGCCCAGAGUGACGAUUUGAUUCAGGAUCGAUUCUCCAAUCAAACCAAUUCUUGCAAUGUAAGGUUAUGAAUCUUUGAGCACCUAAUGAUUCGAUGGAAUUCCUGGAAUGACAAUGCGAUUCCAAACAAGUCUCGAUUCAAACCGAUUCUUGGGGUGUGAAUCUUUGGGCACCUGAUGAUUUAAUUCCAAUUCCUGGGGUGACAAUUUGAUUCAGGAUCGAUUCUCCAAUCAAACCGAUUCCCACAAUGUAGGAGUGUGAAUCCUUGGGCACCUAAUGAUUCGAUCAAAUUCCUGGAAUGACAAUUCUGUUCAAAAUCGAUUCUCGAUUCAAAACAAGUCUCGAUUCAAACCGAUUCUUGGUGUGUGAAUCUUUGGGCCUUAACGAUUUAAUUCCGAUUCCCAGAGAGACGAUUUGAUUCAGGAUCGAUUCUCCAGUCAAACCGAUUCUUGCAAUGUGAGGUCGUGAAUCUUUGAGCGCCUAAUGAUUCGAUCGAAUUCCUGGAAUGACAAUUCGAUUCAAAACAAGUCUCGAUUCAAACCAAUUCUUGGGGUGACAAUUCAAUUCAAAACAAGUCUCGAUUCAAACAGAUUCUUGCAACGUAGGGGUGUGUAUCUUUAAGCACCUAACGAUUUCAUUCCGAUUCCUCGGGUGACUAUUCGAUUAAGGAUCGAUUCUCCAAUCAAACCGUUUCUUGCAAUGUAGGAGUGUGAAUCUUUGGCCCCUUAAUGAUUUAAUCCGGAUUCCUGGGGUUACGAUUCAAUUCAGGAUCGAUUCUUGAUUCAACACGAUUUUGGAUUCCAAACCAUUCUGGCAAUAUAGGUUGUGAAUCUUUGGCCACCUUAGGAUUCGAUCCGAUUCAAAACAAGUCUCGAUUUAAGUCUACAUUUAAAUGUAGGGGAGUGAAUCUUUGGGCACCUAAAGAUUCGAUCUGAUUCCUGGGGUAAGGAUUCAGAAUCGAUUCUCGAUUCAAACUGAUUCUCGCAACGUAGGGGUGUGAAUCUUUGGGCACCUAAUGAUUCAAUCUGAUUCCUGGGGUAAGGAUUCAGAAUCGAUUCUUGAUUCAAACUGAUUCUCGCAACGUAGGGGAGUGAAUCUUUGGGCACCUAAAGAUUCGAUCUGAUUCCUGGGGUAAGGAUUCAGAAUCGAUUCUCGAUUCAAACUGAUUCUCGCAACGUAGGGGUGUGAAUCUUUGGGCACCUAAUGAUUCAAUCUGAUUCCGAUUCCUGGGGUGGUGAUUCGAUUCAAAAUCCAUUUUCGAUUCAACACGAAUUCCAAUUCAAAUCGAUUCCAGCAAUGUAGGGGUGUGAAUCGUUAAGCACCUAACGAUUCAGUUCUGAUUUCUGGAGUGACGAUUUGAUUUAAGAUGAAUUCAAAAAGAUUCUCAAUUCAAAGCAAUUUGUGGGGUGACGAUUCGAUUCAAGAUCGAUUCUCAAUUGAACACGAUUCUCGCAACGUAGGAGUGUGAGUCUUUGGGCAACUACCUAACCUUCCGGUUGCAUGGAGAUGGUCUUUUUAAAAAAACAAAACAUUUUUAAUAAGUUUUAUGAAUUGAUUCAGAAUCGGGAUGAAUACAAAUCGCAAUUGGGAAGUGAAUCGAGUAUUUUGUGCACCCAUAAUACACGAGACAUCACUUGUGGAAGCCAUCUUUUGUUUUGGGUGACUGCCUUUUGCAAUCCAGCUGUUGAAUCUGGGAUUAUUUUUCAAAAUAAAACGACUUAAAUGCGGCGAGAAAAGUAAGUACUUUCAUUGUUGACCAUUUCAUCCUACCGAUCACUAUGCGUUAUCAAGAUUGUCAUCCAUUACCUCACAAAUUCUAUCACGUGACGUUUCAGAGAGUAUUUUUCUGUCUUCCUGAAGCAGAAGACGUUGGCAGGAAGUGUUUUUGUAGAAGGGCUAAAUACUAGCAUCCAUGUGUCGGUGUGAAUGCACGCAGUACGCAUUGUAGCAGAGCGCGUGGAACUGAUCACAUGACCUUUUUCAGACCGUCUACUUUGUGUUUUUGAAGCUGGGUGUUGCUCUCCAGAGGAGAGCCAAGCAGACUGUUUGCAUUGUCAGAGCACUGAGAUGCUCUCCAACCUCUAAAAGGGAUCCUGGGAUUGAUUUGACACACAUUUCAGCUUUCUGCAAUCCUGUAAGUUCUUGGCAUUUUUCCCUUUUGGCUUUUGCAGAUGUGUAAAACUACCUGAAAUAGAUUUGGAAUAUUUUAGGCUAGUAGAAAUCUAAUCUAUUAUUAUUACAAAAAAAAAAAAGAUUUUCUUUUUUUCUCUGUUUAGUUAAUUCAUUAAAAAUGUUCAACAACU